UCGGUGGUACUCCUCAACUCCCGAACAGCGGCUGGCUAUCAUUCGAACGGUCGCCGCCCAUGGAGUACCCCACAUACGAGGGCUGUGGUGUCACGGUCACAGUGGAGGGGGUCAGUCAUGACUUCCAGCUGACCGAGGAUGAUAUCGGCAAGGUAUG